AUGACUGCGAGAGUUCCUGUUCCUGUCCCGGGUCCGGCCCGACUGAAGAAGUCGGCGGGCCCCGAUGAGUGGCUCGAGGCCGCAAAAAACUGCAAGUACCUUUCAGAAUACCACAUGAAGCAGCUCUGCGAGAUUGUAAAAGAGUACAUGAUGGAGGAGUCAAACAUCCAGCCCGUGUCCACCCCCGUCACGAUCUGCGGAGACAUACAUGGUCAGUUCUACGACCUGCUUGAACUUUUCCGCGUUGCUGGUGGCAUGCCGAACGAGUCCGCUCCUCAGACACCCGUCACACCAGCCAAAGUCAUCACAUCGGCCGACAUUGAACCUCCCUCUACCAUCACUGAUCCCAAACUCAAGAAGAAACUCCGGCUCGGCGGGUCAGAUCACCCCGAUACCCCAAGCGAACCAAGUGAGAUCAGCGAUGUGGACGAUGUCCCUUCUUCUCAGCAGUCAGAUAUCGAAGGCGAAAAGUCCGAGUCUGGAAACUUCAUCUCCCACAAGCAAGAUGCGAAUUUCAUAUUCCUCGGCGAUUAUGUCGACCGUGGCUAUUUCUCACUUGAAACUCUCACUCUCCUUCUCUGCCUGAAGGCAAAAUAUCCCGAACGAAUCACUCUCGUUCGCGGCAAUCACGAGUCGAGGCAGAUUACUCAAGUCUAUGGGUUCUACGAAGAAUGCGUACAAAAGUACGGCAAUACUUCCGUUUGGAAAGCCUGUUGUCAAGUGUUUGACUUCAUGACCCUUGGCGCCAUUGUUGACGGGAAGGUGCUCUGCGUUCACGGAGGCCUGUCCCCAGAGAUCAGAACCCUAGACCAGGUCCGGGUGGUUGCACGAGCCCAAGAAAUUCCUCACGAAGGUGCCUUCUGCGAUCUGGUGUGGUCUGACCCCGAAGAUGUCGAAACAUGGGCAGUAUCGCCUCGUGGCGCAGGGUGGCUAUUUGGCGAUCGUAUCUCUCAAGAGUUCUGCCACGUCAACGGCCUGAAUCUGAUUGCCCGAGCUCAUCAACUUGUCAAUGAAGGCUAUAAAUAUCACUUCAAAAGCCAGGACGUCGUCACCGUUUGGUCUGCUCCAAAUUAUUGCUACCGUUGCGGCAACAUGGCGUCUGUCUGCGACAUUGGCGAAGACCUCAACCCAAAUUUCAAACUCUUCAGUGCCGUUAAGGACGAGCUGCGGCACGUUCCGCCUUCUCGUGGCGGCCGCAAUGAGUACUUCCUUUGA